AUGAUAUUUAAACGACAUUUUUAUUUACACGAAAUUUUUUUUUUUAUUAUUUUUAACUUAACGGUUUUUUUAAUUUUUUUUACGUUCGGUUUUUGUUCGGGUAUAAAAAACGUUAGAAUAUUAUUACCACCCAUCGUACAAGUCGGUUCGUCGGCAAAUUUAUUAUGUCUUUUCGACGUGGAAGAAGAUUCGUUAUAUUCCGUACAAUGGUAUAGGGGAAAAUUUGAAUUUUACAGAUAUUUACCCGAUGAAAUACCACCGAUAAAAAUUUUUCACAUACCUGGAUUUUACGUGGAUAUUUUCACAUCGACGAAACAUCAGGUCACAUUAACAAACAUAUCAGGUCACGUGAGCGGAGAAUUCAGUUGCGAAAUAACAACGGACGUACCUAAAUUUAAAACUUGCAAAGGUUCCGGUAAUUUAACUGUCGUUAAUUUAAAUAUUAAUUUUUCCGUUAUGAAUCGACAUUUUCAAAUCGGCGAUUUGAUUAUUGCUAAUUGUUCGUUCGAACCGUUAAUAUCAUCGACGAAAUUAAUUUUUUAUUGGAACGUUAUACCCAUACCGGAAAAAUUUUUAAAAAGGUUUAACGAUAAUCACGUCGCCAUGACAGUUAAUUCAUCGAAUUUUAUAUCCGAUGAAAUAUUCAUUCAAUUAAGAUGUGCUGCCAUUUUUGACGAUGUUUAUUACAUAACGAGUAAAUCGAUAACAUUACGAUUGGAAAAACAAUCGUUUACGCUUAUUGCAAUAGCCCAAACUUUACACGAUUGA